GGCCUCCGACCUUUUUCUUCUGGACACGCGGGCGGUGUGGGCCUCGGAGGAGGGCUGGCUGGAGUUUGAUGUCACCGCCACCAGUAACAUGUGGGUGAUGAACCCUCAGGACAACAUGGGACUGCAGCUGAGCGUGGUGACCCAGGAUGGUUUCAGCAUAAAUCCUAGAGAAGCAGGACUUAUAGGCCGAGAUGGACCUUACGACAAACAGCCUUUCAUGGUGGCCUUCUUCAAAGUGAGCGAGGUUCAUGUCCGGACCACGAGGUCAGCGACAAGCAGGCGCAGGCAACAAAGCCGAAACCGCUCCACCCAGGCUCAGGAUGUUUCCAGGGUGUCUAGUGUCACAG